CCCUCCCUCUCCCCUAAUAUGCCUGUCGUUGUUCCUUUCUUUACAGGAGCAAAGCAACUCACGAUUGAUCUCGCAGAGCCUGUUGUUAUUCUUCGUGGUGGGGCCAAAGAUAAAAUCACACAUGUUCUUCAAGGCGAAGUCAAUAUCGUUCUUACCAAGCCUGUGUUGGCUUCUCGUGUGGUAAUUCAAUUCAUUGGCAAGGCACAUAGUUUAUGGCCUGAAGGCAUUGGCGCAAGAGGCACCAAACUCUACCAUGAAAAAAUCAUUCAUGAGCAAAACGUCAUCUUACAAUCUUUCCUCGAUAGUCCCAAGCAAGAAGGCACAUUAGCACCGGGUAUUCAUCGCUGGCCAUUCCAGUUCCUGUUAUUGAACCAGUUGAUUGAGACAAUUGAAGACGAGAUGGCCAAAGUGUUUUAUUAUGUGACAGCCACUGUUCAUCGUGUGGGUGUGGGUGCAACUAAGCUUCGAUCACGCCGUGAUAUCCUGUUGCUUCGAACACCUCAUUGGUCAGAUAAUGCAUUGACAGCCAAUUCACUACCUACGACAUCCAUUACUUCAGAACGCCACAUGGACGUGUGUGAUACGACUAUCUGUAUUGAAAAAUCCAUCGUCUCUUCCGGCACUCAGUUUCCUAUUUCACUCUCGAUUUCACCCAAUAUCAAACACGCCUUUAUUGAGAGUAUCUCAGUGAUCUUGACCGAGAAAAGAGUCUAUCGAUUACCUGAAUUUCAAGCACGUCGGGUUGAAGUUCAUGAUUUUAAAGUACCCAUCUUGUCCGUCAGUAGUUUGGUCGAUCCAGGCCUUGGUUCCACUGUGUCUCACUUAUCGCUCAAGGAAAUCAAACGUGCCCUCGGUGUCAAGAAUGCCCAUAUUUCUCUCAACAAUGGUUCUUUUCAACAUCGAAUAAUAUUCACGCUGCCCAACUGUGUGCAUCUCAAUCAUUCGACAACGUAUUCCGAAAUCGAUAUUCGGCACACCCUUAAACUCCAUAUUGAACUCACAUCCCCUUAUAGCUGUCAUGACACCAACAGUGUGACACGCACCAACAUUCAUUUAGAGACACCCAUUACCAUCUUGGACUGUCGCUUAAAAGAAGACUAUAACUCACUUCCUACCUAUGAAGAAGCUUUGUUAUUUGAUCCUGUCCUUGAUGAAGAUGUAGCUACCUCGAAACCAACGGGUUUCUUUCUCUGUCCUUGUUAUUUAGAAUACCAAAAGAAGCGCCAUUGUAGUCGUCGAGAAUGGAUCAAACUUCGAAACCAACCCUCAAGUCCAGACGUUAGUCCUCCUUCUUAUGAAUCUAUUCAGCCUAAGCGAUAAUAUCCCUAAUUACAUUAUUUAUUCUAGAUACCUUUUAUUUGCAUUUU